AUGCAUUUCUCUACUUCCAUGUGGCUGUGGCUCCUGCUUCCAGCCUUGGAAGCUACCGCUCAAGCUGUUCCCAAGCAUAAUUAUACGUGCACGAGCUUCAUGGUCAAGGUGCCAGUAAACAACGCAACAGUGGUGGUCCCUCCGUUUCCAGAACUCCCAAAUCAAUAUGCUGCCACGGCAUUUGCGAACCAAAUCACACUUCGGACGCCCUCUUCUCCGGACCUCAACCUGACCACAUUGACGAGGACUUUCAACAUCAGCGCAGAGUAUUGUACUCCAGCAAAGCCUGGUCCCAAGGCGUCGACCUUGCACAUUCUCACACACGGUCUUGGAUUCAACCGAAGCUACUGGGACUUCUAUCUACCCGCAAAGCCUAAUGACGCUCAGUAUUCUUACAUUAACAGCGCCACGGGCGCUGGGUACAGCACACUGUCCUGGAAUCGUCUGGGGAUUGUGCCCUCCACCAUCGCAGAUCCAUAUACGGAAAUCCAGAGUCUUGUUGAAAGUGCGGUGCUUAUCAGUCUUACGACCCUCGCACGCGCAGGGAACAUCUCACAAGUCCCUGUGCCACAGAAGGUCAUCCACGUCGGCCACAGCUUCGGCAGCGAGUUGACCGCGUCGCUCGCCUCGGCCGCCCCAGAUCUCACCGACGGCGUGGUGCUGACCGGCUACUCCGCAAUUAGCAAUUUCACCACCUUAUUUGUGGCUAACUCAGCGCUACACUUUGCAAACACGAACCAACCGAAGCGCUUCCCGCCCAGUACCUACUCCUCUGGCUUCCUUACUUGGCCAGACAAAUACGGCAACCAAUACUCCUUCUUCGAGUAUCCGUACUUCGAUCCCGCCGUGCUCGACCGCGCCGAAGCAACCAAAUUCCCGUUCACAUUUGGCGAAUUCCUCACCAUGGCUGCUCUGCCCCUUGCGGCGCCAAACUUCAAGGGCCCUGUGCUUUAUCUCGCCUCUGAGGCCGAUUUGAUCUUCUGUGCUUCGAAUUGCACAGGCCUCUUCGGACCCGACAGUGCUGCGGUACAGUCGUUCAGUGGGAGCAGCAGUGUCGAGACCUAUCUUCAGCCGAAUGUGGGUCACGGGCUCAAUCUGCAUCACAACGCUACGGGCGCGUACAAUGUGAUUCUCGAUUGGGCUAGUAGAUCUGGAUUCUAA